GUGUAGAAAAAACCUUUGACCUAAAGUUCGAAGCUGCUCAAUCCUCCGGCUUCUGGCUGUCUCUUCAGUGUGGUGGAUACGUAGUACAAGAGAAUCCGCCCAGAGAAAUGAGUGACAGAUGAUCUUCUCUGCCUCUCAGAUCAAAGCUCCACAGAUGACACAUCACACACCCACCCCUUUCAAGGCUUAUGGAAUGCCUGACGCUGGGAGGAGAGAGCAGCAGAGAGAGGAGACACACGCUCAGGGUGACCAUUAUAGACCUUUGUGAGGGAGAAGAAGGACAAGGGCCAGCCCUUUGGAGCCAGAGGUGUCAGAGGGAAGGGGGAAGUGCUGGUGUCUCAGGUGGGUGCUGUUCUCUGUCUCCCAUGGAAAGGAUGGGUUCAGGCCCCUGGGAACUGAAGGCCAGUGUUCCUGAAAAGCACAUAGAGGAAGUGGCCCAGAGAACUGGGUGGGACCCUGAAGAGCACGGCAGCCAGCUCGGCCUCAGAUGCCAUGCCGUCGUGUUUCACCUCGGAUUUCCCCCACUCCCAUUCUGCACCUGCUCGACUCUCCUCUGUCACCGUGCAGGACAAGCUCUCCAGGUUCCUGUCUCAACCGUCUUCAUAGCCCCUUCCAGAUGGAAUGACCCCAACACUCACCAGCUUCACCUCUGGAGCAGAGGAGGAAGAGCAGCAGGGGGAGAGGAAGAUGAUGCAUCUUCUCAGAGAGGCCGUCCAGGACAGAGGUUCCCCCAGAGAUGCCCUCUGUUUUGCUGGAGACAAGGUUGAGUCCUGAACUCCUGAGUCUUGGCUUCAGGGAUGAGCUCUCAAGCCUGGUGCCUCAUCUGUGGUGGGAGAUGGAGGGAUCAUGUCUUUCCCAGAGAACCUUCUGGAACAUAAAGGCCUUCGCCUUGAGUAGGAAGCAGGAAAACAGAAGUCGUCCACAGUGUCAAGAUUUCACUGAGAGUUUGCUGGGGCUCAAGUGACCUGAGAGUGUAAUGGGGCUCAAAGUCUGGCAGGAGGAAGCACCAGCAGCAACUGACUGGGCAGACUUCCCAGGAAGAUGCAGCCACUCCUGCUCCUGGUGGUCCUUCUCCUGCCGCCCAGGGCUAGGGCAGGGCAGAUCAUCGGAGGCCAAGAGGCCAGGCCCCAUUCCCACCCUUACAUGGCAUAUGUUCAGAUCCCAACUCCACGUCCGAAAACUUGUGGGGGGUUCCUGGUGCGAGAAGACUUUGUGAUGACAGCAGCUCACUGUUUGGGAAGCCAAAUAAGUGUCAUCCUGGGGGCCCACAACGUCAGUAGGUUGGAAAGGACUCAGCAGCGCAUACCGGUGCUCAGAGCCAUCCCCCACCCCAGGUACAAUCAGCAGAACAACCAGAAUGACAUCAUGUUACUGCAGCUGAGGAGCAGAGUCAGACGUAAUCGAGCUGUGAGGCCGGUGGCUCUGCCUCAGACCCAGAACAGGCUGAGUGCUGGGACCCUGUGCACCGUGGCCGGCUGGGGCCUUGUCGGCCUGGACAGGAGAACAGACACUCUCCAGGAUGUAUGGAUCAGAGUGCAGAGGGGUGAGGAGUGCAGUAGACUCUUCAUGUUCUACACUGACCGAACACAGAUUUGUGUGGGCGACCCAAGAGAGCGGAAAUCCGCCUUCCUGGGGGACUCCGGGGGCCCCCUUGUGUGUAACAACGUGGCCCAGGGCAUCGUCUCCUACGGAAAGAGGAUUGGGACUCCUCCAGCAGUCUUCACCAGGAUUUCCAGCUUCCUGCCCUGGAUACGGAGAACGAUGAGACGCUUCAAAGAGUGGGGGCUGGAGUGACACGCCCUGUCACUGACUCCCCUUCUCUGGGGCAGAGCCCAGAUCCAGGGCGGUUCCCAGAGCCUUAAUAAACAUCCACAUCUAGAGUGGAAAUAACCGAUUUCUCAUUUGUUCAUUAAACAU